AUGCCUCCGGCAACGCGGGAACUCGACAUAUACCGCCGCGAUGCAAAAGCAAACCAUAAGCUCCUCACCCCGGCAGAGAGGGAGAAACUUAUAGCGCCAUACCUCCCAACGCCGCCCACAUCAAAACGCUCCAAAGAAGGAAACAUCCGUUUGGAGGAACCCAGCUCACAUUCACGAUUGGGACUCCGGAGGUUCCUUCGAACCCAACUACACGCUCUUAUCUACGCUCUGCUCCACACGAUUUUCUCCGUGUAUAUACGGCUCCGGCAAGCAUAUCAUGCGGUGAAGGAUCGGAUUCUAGCCAUUCUAUACUACCACCAUCGAACACCCGAGCUCAUUCAAAAGGAUGUUAAAGGAUUGUCACGGUUGCCGCAGCAUUUAAGUGUUAUCCUGAAGCUUGAGGAUGGUGGGAGGGGAGGUGCAGGUCUGGAGGCGCUUGUGAACGAGGUUGCGGAGAUUGCAGCUUGGUGUGCCUGUGUUGGGAUACCUGUGCUUUCAGUAUAUGAACAGACUGGCAUACUCAAAGGGUACGUCCCUGCAACACAUAGAGCAGUAACAAGGAAGCUCUCAUCAUAUUUCGGACCUGACCACCCGGCAUUAUCACUACGAGCACCUCACAUACCGUCCAUGGAGUCGGCUUCAAAGACAUCAUCAAGCGAGUCAUCAGGGUCGCCUUUACAGCACCUCUCUGUCCUUCUUCUUUCAGCUGAAGAUGGUCGAGACUCCUUAGUUGAUCUCACAAAAACUCUCACGGAAAUGUCUCAACGAUCCAAGAUCUCAUCAAACGACAUCAGCAUCGACCUGGUUGACGCCGAAAUUACCGAAAGCGUUAUGGGCGAGCCCGACCUCCUCGUAUUGUUCGGACCAACGGUGGAGCUAUCCGGCUAUCCCCCCUGGCAGUUACGACUGACUGAAAUCUUUCACGUGCAAGAUAAUCAGGGGGUUGGGUACCAGGUAUUUUUACGGGCAUUAUACAAUUACGCCAACGCACAGAUGAGGUUCGGAAGAUAG